CCCCCUUGCCGUAGGGCGACUUUAGCAGACGGAGCGAGCGAGCGCGAGACUCCAGCCCGGUUUUCACGUCGUCGUCGUCGCGCGCGCGCACCGCGAUAAUGCUGGCCGGGAGCCGCGCGAGCUGCAGGGCGGUACGGUAGACGGGCGGGUUGUUUCCCCGCGCGAGCUCGAGUUCACCCAUGGAGCCGCAGCCCGGAUUCACGCGCGAGGAGAUCAACAGCACGGUGUGGGAGGUGCCGGAGAAGUACGUGCGCUUAAAGCAGAUUGGGACCGGAGCCUACGGUACCGUGUGCUCAACCAUCAAUGAGAAGACCAAAGAGAAAGUGGCCAUCAAGAAGCUGCACAGGCCCUUCCAGUCGGAGAUCUUUGCGAAGAGGGCGUACCGGGAGCUGCGGCUGCUCAAACACAUGAAGCACGAGAAUGUGAUCGGACUGCUGGACGUGUUCACUCCCGCCACCCGCCUGGAAACCUUUCAGGACUUCUACCUGGUGAUGCCGUACAUGUACACGGACCUGUCCAAGGUUCGAGGUCUGCUCUCAGAGGACCGGGUUCAGUUCCUGGUCUAUCAGAUGCUCUGUGGACUGAAGUACAUUCACAGCGCUGGCAUCAUUCACAGGGAUCUUAAGCCCGGGAACCUGGCUGUAAAUCAGGACUGUGAGCUGAAGAUCCUGGACUUCGGCCUGGCGCGGCAUGCAGAUGCAGAGAUGACGGGUUACGUUGUGACGAGGUGGUACAGAGCGCCGGAGGUCAUUCUGAACUGGAUGCACUACACCCAGACAGUGGAUAUCUGGUCAGUUGGGUGCAUAAUGGGAGAAAUGUUCAAUGGCAAGACACUCUUCAAGGGAAAAGACUACAUGGAUCAGCUUACUCAAAUAAUGAAGGUAACCGGCACACCUGGCCCAGAAUUCAUUGAGAAGCUUGAAAGCCAAGAGGCGAAGACCUACGUGAGGACGCUUCCUCAUUAUCCUCGCAAAGAUUUCUCCACGCUGUUUCCCCGGGCCAGCGAGGAAGCGGUGGACCUGCUGGAGAAGAUGCUGGUUUUAGAUGCAGGAGCUCGCCUCACUGCUGAUGGAGCGCUGGCCCAUAGUUAUUUCAACGGCCUGAGGGAUCCAGAGGACUGCCCGGAGCCUAAACCAUAUGAUGACAGUUAUGACAAUGCUACACUGCCCCUAGAGGAGUGGAGACGACUAUCAUUUAAAGAAGUGAAGAGUUUUGUCCCGUUCCCGAGACGAGACUCGAAGAGGAGAAACACGCUGACGAUGACUCAGUGAAGCUCUGCCUGCGGCUGAUUUUACACUAUUUUAAAGACACGUUUAAAGCAGAAGAACAGUGUGGAAGCUGUUUACACACUCAGCUGUUACAAACUGAAAUAUUUUCAUGACAAUCUACGAGAAUCGGUGAUGAAUGUUUGAGUUCUGUGGACCUGAUAAGUGGACUUAAGGAUGUACUGCUGUUACAGUGGUGGCUGGCUUUCGUUUGUUGCCAAUUUGCCUUUAAGUGCUGUGUUGGAACAGUUGUUUAAAAAGUAGUUAAGAUGUUUUCUUUGACAUUGUGGCUUCUCGUGCUCAGAAGAAAAGUGUUAUCACGUUGGAGGUUGUAAAUAAAUACAGAUUCUUGCUGAUGCUUAAGACCUUAAGAGCUGUACAGUUUUUCACUAUGCCCAUCUGUCAAAAUAUCAUUUGUCAGAAUUUAGCGAAUUAAAGUUAGUCUAUUAAGAAAAUCUUUGUUUGUUUUCUUAUUCGAAUUGCCAAAAGCACUAUAAAACAAAUCCAGAUUAUAUUUUUAAUUAUUAGUAUAAGAAAAGGUCCUGAAGCAGAGCAGUUUUAAGAGACACACCUGCACAACUUUUUCACCUUUACUGUUGAAAAAAAAAAUAGAUUUUGGCUCUUGUUCUUUACACUUUCAAAAAGUUUCUCAUGACAAAUGAACCAAUAAAAAUGCUCCAAAAUGA